AAUACGACUAGUCUUUCCAUAAUUAGCAUAGAGCCUUGCCACGAAAGGCUACCGGCGUCGCAUUCGGAAUUGUUGAAGGAUGAGAAAGAGAAUACGAAUCUUUACGAGCCACAAACACUUCAACAACAACAAGGGAUAACUAUACUAAAAGAUUUCGAAUAUAAAGUAUUGUCUCCUACCCUCUCUUUAAUGUAUUCCUAACCUUUCCCCACCUUUUCAACUUUCCUGACCUUCGCAAAAAUUCCUCGAAGGCAAAUACAACUACAUUUAUUACAGCAAACUAUGGCAGUUUCCAAGCCAGUUGAGUUUAAGCUAUGGAAUUACACGCCAUCAGUCGCUGGCGGCGUGAUCGGUGCACUGGUUUUCACAGUCCUUACUGGGCUCCAUUCCUUUCAACUUUUAAGAAAUCGCACAUGGUUCUGCACCCCAUUCGUUAUAGGGGGACUCUUCGAAACCAUAGGCUAUGCUGCCCGUGCCGCCGCCCACAGCAACACAGAGUCCGUCACUCCCUACGUCAUACAAUCUCUCCUCAUCCUCCUUGCCCCAAUCCUCUUCGCCUCAUCUAUAUACAUGAUCCUCGGUCGACUCAUAUUCCGCACCAAGUCUACUUCACACUCCCUCAUUCGUCCACAAUGGGUGACUCGUAUCUUUGUGGGAGGUGACGUGCUUUGUUUCCUGAUGCAAUCCAGCGGGGGUGGCAUUUUGGCGAAGGCAAAGAAUCAGGAUGACGUGGACUUAGGACAGCAUAUUAUUCUCGGUGGUCUCAUUCUUCAGAUCUUCAUCUUCGGCUUCUUCAUUGGGGUAGCGGGUAACUGGCAUCAGAGAAUGAAUGCGCACGAGACUGUGGAAGCACGAGAGAUUCCAUGGAGAAAGUACACUGCACUUCUUUACGCAGCCAGUGUCUGUAUCACGACCAGGAAUAUUUGCCGUGUUGUGGAGUACGGCUUAGGCAGAGAUGGCUAUCUUCUUAGUCAUGAGUGGACUCUCUACGUUUACGACUUCGUCCUCAUGGUAAUCACUCUGCUUGUCUGCCUCCACUGGUAUGAUCCGAACAUCAAAGUGGAUGGCAAUAAAUCGGACGUUGAAAUAGGGCAGUGGCGCUAGGAUCGGAAGUUCGGAACACUCCGAAAGAAGGUCAUACAUCCCUGGGCAA